UGUCCACUGGAGCACGACCUGAUUUUGCAGAGUUCGACGCGUUCCUGGGUCAACAAGGGAGGGGCUUUGAAAAAAACCUUUCAACCAAUCAGCGCAGUCACGCGAGCUCGUUCAAUUUGAGCGCGCAUUUCUACCACUUUCAACCUAUGCGUCACUUCGCAAAGUUCGCAUCCAUUUUGUGGAUUUGUGCAGAAUUCUCAGAAUCGAGAAGAAUUAUCAUCAGAAGUGAUCAUUCAUGGAGAAAGAAAAAGGGUAAAGUCUUUAUUCAAACCAAUGCUAAUGUUUGAAAUUAAACUAAUGGUAAUGUUUGUAUGAAAGGGUGUGCAUUUGUAUAUAUAUAUAUAUAUGUGUGUGUAUAUAUGUAUAUGUAUAUAUAUGUGUAUAUAUGUAUAUGUAUGUAUAUGUGUGUGUGUGUGUGUGUGUGUGUGUGUGUGUUUUUUAGGUCCUUUGGUGUGCCCUCAUUAACAGAAGAGUCUUUGGCGACAUUAAAUGAUGGGAUGUGGCUGAAUGACAUUGUAAUGGACAUUCAGUUGAGAUCUGUUCAUGAUGAAUUACGACCACAUAGAAGGCGAAAAUCUUUGAUCUACCCAGUGCACUUUUACAGUAAGCUAAAAAACAGUGGAUACACAGAUGUCAUCAGAUGGACAAAGCAUGAGGACAUUUUUCGUAAGGACUAUCUUUUGAUAGUUGAAAAUGCCUUUGGAAAUCACUGGAGACUCAUGAUUGUGUGCUUCCCUGGAAAUGAAGAAGGGGAAUAUAUCAAAACUGGGCGAAAAAUGGUAGAAAAGAGGCCUUGCAUUUUAAUGCUAGACUCCAAGCCUGCGCAAGUGAGUGAUAGCAUGGAGGUUUUCCAAAAUAUACGAAGUUACUUAACAGGAAUGUGGAAAAACAAACAAAAAAAGCCCCGGACAUUUUCUGCGGCUUCUAUGCCAGCCCUGAAAGUACGGGUACCUGAACAGCAGGGAAACUGCUCUGAAUGUGGCAUAUUUGUAUUACUCUGUGCAGAGCACUUUUUGAAUGAUCCUCCCAAAGAACUAAUCAAUGAGCUUGACUGUACAUCCUGGUUUACGCUGGCAGAUGCAUUUUCAAGGCGUGCACAAAUCAGGGACAAAAUAAGAAGAUGUUUAGAAGCACGUGAAAGAGACGGAGAGGAAAUCAUAGCAGAAGAAAGAGAAGGUGAAAAACAGCCAAACAUUUUUGAGAGAGGAAGAGAAGCAGAGGAAAAUGAAGCAGGAGAAAGUGAAAAACAGCAAAACAUUUUUGAGAGAGGGAGACAGGCAGAGAAAAACAAAGCAGCAGAAAGUGAAAAACAGGAAAACAUUUUUGAGAGAGGGAGAGAAGCACAGGAAAACGAAGCAGAAGAAAGUGAAGAGGAAUGGCAAGAGGAAAAUAUAACCAAGGAAAGUGAAAUAGAAUGCAGAGAGAAAGAAAAUAGACAUACGACAAGAGAAGAGAACAAAACAGCAAGAAGCUACACCGUCCUGGGAAGGCUGUCAGUCCCAGGCACGAAAAGGAAAUACACAGUCACUCAGGAUGAAAUAAAACGAAGAAUCAUUACAGAAAACAUGUCAAACAACAUGUUAAGAAGCCUGAUUAGGGUUCGUAAAGAUGAUCUCCCAGAGGAGCUUAGACAAAGACCAAAAAAAGCUAAGACAAAAAUGAGCAUCUUCUCUGCCCUCAGUGAAGGGGAGGCCACAGAUUUAGCCCAGGAGCUAGGAGCUAUGCUUGGGCGACAUGUCAACCUAGACAUGGGUACAAUUGUUCCAAGUGCAGAGGCAGAGGUUGCAAAGAAUGCACUCUGCACCCUCCAGUCCUUGCUGAGGGAAAGACUGGGAGAUGAAUCCCCUUUUUCUCUUAUCACACAUACAUUUGGACCACAAAUUCUUGAUGUUGUCAUCUCAUUUUUAAUCAGUCAGUUUAAGUAGCUCUCUCAAUGUUAAAUUGUAACAAACAUAACUACAGCAGUAGUUAAUAGAUUAGUUUUUAGUUUAAAACAAUAACAGUUCACUGUUCCAAAACAAACUCUGAUAGUUCCAGGGUAGUUUUAAAUGGUGCUUGUUUAAAUGGCUUCAUUUACAUCUAGAGACCUUAUAUUGAUGGCCACUAGGAUGACAAUUUUACUUUGUUUUAAAAAAGAAUUGUAAAAAAAAUAAAAUAAAAUAAAAGACUAAAACAGCA